CUUAGCUAGCUCUCGACUUUUAGCAAUGAUUACCAUCCAUCUCGGAUAUGAACUCUAUUCUUCUCACAGCUUUGUCCUCAAUAUCAUAAUCUACAUCGAGAUUGUAAAGCAUGCCAUAAUGACCAAUAACAAUCUCGACAUCGAGCUCAGCGCAGCUGGACCGCCCCUGGCUCAGACGGCCAGCGUCGCAUCUGAUCAUGGGAAGGUUCAAAUGCAGACGACAGAGUUGCAGGGGAACUCCCACUUCUAUGAGACUGUUACCGCGGCUCCGUUAGAUCCAUGGUCAAAGAGAUCUCUGCAACUGUAUGCGAUUCUGCUCGUGGCGGCAUUGAAUGCCGUGGCUUCUGGUUUCGACGGAUCCAUCUUCAGCUCCAUAAAUGCCAUGGCCCAGUACAAGGAGUACUUCCACCACACGGAACUGGGCAGCGCGACCGGGAUCAUAUUCAUGAUUUAUACUAUCGGAAAUAUGAUUGGAUCUCUCUUCACUGGCCCUAUCUGCGAUCAGUUUGGUCGUCGCGCCGGCAUGGCUACAGGCUCGGUGCUGAUCAUGGCUGGUGCCUGUAUUCUGACAGCUGCACAGGACGACAGCUACCUGCUUGGUGGCAGAUUCUUGCUUGGCUUCGGGAUUUCAAUAGGGACCAGUUCUGCUCCUACGUAUGCUUUGGAAAUGGCGCCUCCUCAGUGGCGAGCUCGGGUAGUCGGCUACUACAACACUUUCUUCUACGCCGGUUCCAUUCUAUCAACCGGCGUCGCCUACGCCUCCAAUAAAUCGAACACCACUCUGGCCUUCCGGCUCCCGCUGGCCCUGCAGUUGGUUCCGCCUAUUUUCAUCUUCAUCGGUGCACUACUCAUCCCUGAAUCUCCACGCUGGCUUGUCGCAAGGGGUAAGGCCGAACGCGCCGCUCAUAUCAUAGCCAAGUACCAUGGGGGAGGUGAUGUGAACCAUCCUAUAGUCUUACUAGAGCUCAAAGAAUUUGAGGAAAGCAUCAAAGUCCAGAAGGCGAAAGUGUGGUACAAUUACUGGGAACUAGUGGAGAACCACAAUGCUCGAUGGCGGUUCCUCGAAAUGGCAUUCAUGUCCUUCUUCGCGCAACUUUGCGGGAAUUCCGUUUUGACUUACUACCUUCCCUCGAUGUAUACCCAGCUUGGCAUCAAGUCGACUGAGCGAAGACUGCUACUCACCUUUAUGAACUCCAUCGUGUCAUGCGCGGGAGCAGUGGCAGGUUCAGCUACGAACGACAAGAUCGGGCGCCGCACCAAGCUUUGGGUGGGAUCGAUCUUCCUGGCUUGUCUGUUCUCGGGUGUGACUGGGUUCUCAAGCCAGUUCGAUGGAAAUAAUAAUGCGGGGACUGGGCUCUCGAAUGGUGGUGUGGCAAUGAUUUUCCUGUUCGGAUGUGUCUACUCGUUUGUCUACACGCCCUUGACAGCCACAUAUUGUGCCGAAGUUCUAAACAACCACACUCGAGCCAAAGGCAUGGGCAUUCAUGUCAUCAUGUCCAACUGCGCCAACUUGUACAACAGCUAUGUCACUGCCAUCGCCCUGCAAGCCGUCACGUGGAAAUAUUACCUCGUCUUUGUGGGACUGAAUCUGAUAUUUGGUAUCGUCUGGUUCUUCUUCGGUGUCGAAACCCGUGGUCGCACGCUCGAGGAGCUGGACGAAGUCUUCAACGCGAAGUUCCCUCCAAAGGCGUCACUGGCCAAGACCAUCAUGGUGAAGCGCGAUGAUGGACAAUUGCAGGGCUUGGAAAGUGUAGCGGAUGGACCAGCGGCUAACACGAAGAAGAUGUUUAGGGUGGCCAUUUCUAAGUAGACACUUUCCUUGUGGAUUAUGCACAAUGAAAUAACGUAGUUGCAGGCAGAUGGUACAGCAUUCAAAACGG